AUGGAAGACACCGCGACCCAGCUUGUCAGCUUUCCUCCCGAGAUUAUUCUGGACAUAGGAGAUUAUCUCUGGCUGAAAGACCUCAAUUCAUUUGUUCAGACGGCAAAGUUGUUCAACACCCUGUUGUCCGCCCGACUUUAUGCGCUCGGAGCCAAACAUGUGGGCGAAACAACAUCACCACUAAUCCGCGCGGUCCAGUAUUGCCCGAUCUCAGCUGUUAGAAAAUUGCUCGACAAUGGAGCAGACCCUUCAAUACUUGCCGGCAAGAAUAGCGCAUUCCUGGCAGCAAUCACGCGCUAUAGGCCCAAGGUCCUAAAAAUUCUCGUUGAACCUAGCGUUAGCGCCUCCACACCGAUAACCAAGCUCAAGUCGCCCCUGUCAAUAGCUGUGACUCGUUGGCGACUAGCGCCAUUACGUAUCCUAUUGAAUGCUGCUCCUGGAUGUUAUCCCGAUGAAGAUGGUGCAUGGAUGGGGGCGUUGAACCUUGCGCUAGUGAAGGACCGCGUGCGUGCAGCCCGCCUCCUGUUGGAAGCUGCUGCGAAGACGACCUCCUCACCUCUGCGGAACUUAUCUGCGGAUACGAUAUAUAGCGUCCUCUACCGAGCCAAUCCUAAAAUUCUCCGGCUGCUGAUCGAUUUUGGUUGGGACCCCCUCGCCCCGAUGAGGAGGGGAGACGUGCCCUUGCAUAUUGCUGCGCAAAUGGGCGAAACAGACCUUGUUCAACUGCUACUUUUGUACGGCGCCGAUGUGAAUGUGAGAGAUGGGCAGCAUGCUACGCCGCUCCAUUUAGCCUGCGUAAAUGGCCAGUUGGGCGCCGUGGAGCUUCUUCUGAAUAGCGGCGCUGAUGUCAACGCCGCCACCUUGCUUCGUGAAACGCCGUUGCAUCAGUGUAUGCAUUAUGGCUCUCUUCCCCUUCUCGAGCUUCUGCUCGAUGCUGGAGCCAAUACCAAUGUUCUCGAUGAAAACGGGGUCUCACCGUUGCACAUAGGCAUCAGCCUCAAGAGGCCUGUGGAGAUGAUUGAGCGACUCAUCCAAGCGGGCGCCGAUCUAAACGCACUCGACCCGCACAGCAGAACACCGUUGUUCCUGGCCGCUAAGUCCGGAAAUGCCCGACUGGUGAAAGCCCUGGUUGAUGCAGGAGCCCACGUCGCGAUUGACAAACGAGCAGGUUCGACAGGGCCAUUGCAUGUAGCUGCUACUGAAGACAACUUCAGAGUCAUCCAGCCUCUAGUCGACGCUGGGCUGGAUAUUGAGGCUCCCGACGUCUUCGGAAGGACACCUUUGUAUUUAGCAACGAUUAAUAACUGCCUAUAUUCCAUGAGGGAGCUCAUUCGCUUAGGAGCUGAUCCUAACCGCCUCGACCAUCAAGGAGAGUCAGCAGCCUAUGGUGCAAUCGCCCACAAUCACACCGAGGCCCUCAAGUUUCUCCUUGAAUCUGGGGCCGAAGUGGCUCGCCUGAAGCAAGAUGGCACCUCGCUUCUGCAUGACGCCGCCACACACGGCGCCAUGCCCAGACUGAUUACGCACCUCCUGGACUACGGAGCAGAACCCCUGGCUAUUACGUUUGACGGUAAGACUGCGCUGCACUAUGCCGUGGCUAACAACCAGUAUAAGCCAAUUGCGCCACUUUUGGAGGCGGGAACACCGAUCGAGGCGAGAGACAAUAAUGGCGACACCGCACUUCUUAUUGCAGCUAGCAGAAGUUGUGAGGGUACCCGUGAGCUGCUAAAGAGAGGUGCCGAUGUGAAUGCACGUGCCAGAGACGGGAGGACACCGCUACACCACUGUUCUUCCCAAACAGAUUCAGAAAUAUACACCAUGUUGAUAAACGCUGGUGCGGAUAUCGCCGCAAGGGAUGAAUUGGGGCAGACGCCGUUACACUCAGCUGCCGCUGCAGCGAACUACGUCGUCUGCGAUCGACUCUUGGCAGCAUAUGCUGCCAAGGGCUUAGAUUAUAUGGUACGUGAUGCAGCCGGCCGUACGGUGCUGGAAGUUGCUGCUAUCACAGGGGAAGCCCGUAUCAUCGGGAAUCUUGUCCACCGGAAAGUAGAUGUCAACAUCGGCCUCCACACAGACCACGGGAAGCAUCGCGGAAUCCCGGCUCUUCAUUAUGCAAUUCUCAGCAACGAAUCCAAAGCUGUGACUUGUCUCGCGCGGAGAGGCGCAGAAUACCAUUGCUUAGAUGUAUACGGCCGCAGCGCGAUUGACUGGGCAUCGAUUGAUCACUCCGGCGACUUACUUCGUGAACUCAGCCGACAUAGUCCGAUAACAUCCCUCACGUCGGCAGAGGAGCAGAUCUCCAUCCUGAAAUCCAGUGUCGUCGGCCUUGCCACGCGCAUCAUGGAAGGCGACCGAUCAGAUGUCUACAAGCUCGCCAAAUGCCUCCAGUACCUCGACGACAAGCAGGCCGCCGGCGCAAUAUACGCCGAAGUCGAUGCGUACUGCGACGUAUGUGACAAGGUGAUCCCAAAGUCCGACAUACGCUUCAUCUGCGAGCAGUGUCCGGCUACAGACCUCUGCUCGGCCUGUAUGACAAAGUACGAGGAGCAGAAUAUGCGGAUCCGGAUAUGCCAGGCACAUCAGUUUUGGAGAGUUGUUGUUUUGGAGCAGCGGCUGCCGAAGCAAAUGGCUGAUGGGGGCGAGCGUGAGCUGACGAGAGCCGAGUGGUUGAAGAAUUUGAUUGAGGUUUAUCGUGAGGGUACUUCGUAG